ACGGUUGUCUGCUAUUACUGGUGAAUUUUUUAGAGCAAUGCGAGCGAUUUGGCCGAGCUAGAGCCCAUUUACUCGGCCGGGCGCCGAGCAGCGCGGCAGCGGCGCCGAGGUCAAACGCCAAACGCAGCGCUACGCUGUCUAGCCACGUUCGGGCUAGCCCCAGCAUCGAUUAUACGAAGCCUGAAGCAAGCGCAGCGCUGCUAACUCGCGAGCGCAUAAGCCAGGUGGCAGUGAGAGCAGGCCCAGCCAGAAUGGCCGUGCCGCCGCAGUACGCCGGCCGCGGCUUCGCCGACGUCGAGGUCGAGGGCGCGCGCUUCAAUAUCCUGCUCGGCACGGACCCGGAGGACGUGAAGCGCUGGCGCGAGCAACGGAAAGCGCGCUGGCCGUCGCGGGCGCGCCUCGCGCGCGACGCCGAGGCCGCGAAGCCGCCCUGUGGCCUGGCGGCGCUGGCGGCCUACGAUUCCGACGAUUCCGACGAGCCUCCUGCCAAGAAACAUCAGCCGCAGAAAAUUUGUCUGGCGAUGCUCCACGGCGGCCGGUGCCGGCGAGGCGCGGAAUGUUCGUAUUCUCACGACGUCGCAAAUGUGCCGGUGUGCCGCUUCUUCACCGAGCCGGGCGGGUGUCGGCGGGGGCGGGGCUGCCGCCACGCGCACCGCGCCGACCCGGUGAUGCCUUCUAGGGAUGCGCCGGGGUCGCUAUUGGCGCAGCUCCUGCGGCACGACGUGGCUACAGAAUCGUCCUUGGCGCUGCAGUGUCUGACGGCGCUGCUGGACGCGACCGAGUGA